CUUCUCUUUUCUCCCAUAAUUUUUCUAGUUAAUAAUUCUUCCUUCAUCUAUAAAGACGAAGGAAGAAUUAUAAAAAAUUAAAUGCAAAAUUCAUUUGAGAGAUUUACAAUUUUAUUGUAUUAAUUGCACCACCUUGAAUUAAUAUUCAAGGUGUGUGGGAGAGAGAGAGGAAAUAUUUUACAAGGAAAACAAUAAUACCCAACCUUAAAACUUAAGGUACAAUCAUAGGAUAGGGAUCAAAAUGAUAUAAGGUUUGAAUAAUUAAUGUAAAUAUAAUAAAUAAUUUUGAAAAAUGAGUAUAACACAUAAUCAUUAUUAUUUAAACUCAACAAUAACACAACAAGUUUGCAUAAGAAAACCAGCAUGGUACCCUAAACAACACUUGGUGGAAUUUCCAUCUCUUGUAUUACAACUUCAAUUAAUUGUUGUUUAUUGUCUAACUCAAGCCCUACAUCAUACUUUGUUCAAGCAUUUUGGCCUUCCUCCUCUUGCUUCCCAAUUAACGGCAGGUGUCAUCCUCUCACCAGAAUUAUACAAUGGAAAAAUGAAGGUACUAAAGAGGGCACAUGAAUCAAUAUUUCCUGAAAUGAGUAGUGAUGUAUGGAAAGGUGUAGCAAUGUUGGGAUUCUCUCUAUCAAUAUUUAUAAUCUCAGUUAAAACAGAUUUCAACCUGAUCAAAAGAACUGGUAAAAAACCAAUUGUAAUUGGACUUUUAGUUCUCAUUCUCACAACAUUUUGGAAUACAACAGUAGCUCUUAUAUAUGGCAAAUUAACUAAUUUAGAUAAAGAUCAGAAGCAAAUGCGUGAGCUUACAGCUAGCGCAUCCGUCUUGGCAUUGUCUACAUUUCCGGUUAUUGCUGUUCUUCUCAGUGACUUAAAGCUUCUUAACUCAGAGCUCGGAAGGCUAGCAUUAUCUUGUGGGAUUAUUGGUGAGGUAGUUGGCGUUUCUAAUACACUCGUAACAAAAAGCAUUCAUCAUACUAUAACACUUCUCAAACAACACAAGAAAAGGCAAGUUAUACUGCAGGUAGGAAAUCGUGUAGUUGGCCUUAUCGCCUUUCUGUUGUGUGUCAUUUACAUUGUCCGUCCAUGGAUGACCAAAAUUAUAAAACACACCCCAAAAGGAAGACCUGUCAAAGAUACUUACUUCAUUUUUGUCAUAUUAUUGAUGUUGGUUGGCGGUAUCAUAACUGAUAUAAAUGGGGAGUUUGUAAUCGUGGGUUGUUUUGUAAUGGGGGCAGCAGUACCUGCUGGACCGCCACUAGGAUCUGCUAUCGUUAAUAAAUUUGAUACUUUCAUCUUGGGUAUUCUUCAGCCUUUCUUGAUUACGAUGUCUGCCAUGAGGGCGAAUGUGCUCCAAAUUAAUUUUCAGGACAAGCUUAUUCGCGGUGAAUUACUCGUCACUCUGUCUGCUUUUGCUGCUAAAACUAUUAUUUGCCUUGGGUGUGGAUGGCAUUACGACAUGGCUACUUCCGAUGCCUUGGCACUCGCUGCCAUCGUAUCCUCCAAAGGGAUUGUCGAUAUUGGUAUAUACAACAUGUUUAUUGAUUCUCAGAUGAUUGGAGACUCAACAUAUGCGUAUUUGAUUCUUGUAACAACUGUUGGUGCAAUCAUAAUACCAAUUACAAUAACAUACCUUUACCAUCCUUUAAGGAAGUAUGCAGGAUAUGAGAACAGAGAUAUUGUGACCAUAAACUCAGAAGCUCAUCUAAGAAUUAUUGCCUGUAUUUCUAGACCAGAUCAUGUAUUUGCAUUUGCCCACCUACUUGCUCUUUCAAAUCCAUCGAAAAAUAGCAUGAUAGUCGAUGUACUCCACCUCAUAAAGCUUGCAGGAAGAGCGCAACCCAUAUUCAUAGCCCAUGACUUGCAGGAAGGAAAUGCUUCCGAAAACAUGUCUUAUUCUGAAGAUGUAAUCUCGGCUUUUAGCUCAAUACUUAAGAGAGCCAAUAUGGAGUCCCUUUUUACACACUUUUACACAACAGUCUCACAACCUAAGGCAAUGCAUGGUGAUAUAUGCACUCUUGCCCUUGACAAUUUAGCAUCACUUAUUGUCUUACCAUACCACCGAAAACUUAGUACACUUGAUGGUUCGAUUGAGUCUGAGGAUCCUGCGCUAAGAGCCCUCAACAACAACAUCCUUGAACGAGCCCCUUGCUCUGUCGGUAUCUUCAUUAACCGAGGUACCAUCAAGCUUCCUACCUUUGAAACUUCUAACUUGACAUCAAUAUCAGUCGAGUCACAAUCUACCGAGAAAAAUGAGUUCUCGGCUGCAGUGAUUUUCAUAGGAGGAACGGAUGAUCAAGAGGCGGUAUCCUAUGCUAAGAGGAUGUCGUUAGGAUCAAAAGUAUGGGUACUUGUCAUUCGCAUUGUUGCUUUUGGUGAUGAUAGUGAGCUAGAUUUACAUGAUUUCAAAACAUUAUCGGAGAUUCGAGAGUACAAAACUAAUAAUCCUCAAUUCAACUACUCGGAACAAGUUGUUCGCGAUGGUUCACAAACUGCGAAAAUGUUGAGGUCUAUAACAGAAGAAUUUGAUCUAAUCAUUGUAGGAAGAAGACAUAAAAUGGAUUGUCCUCAAACUUCUGGGUUACAACAAUGGAGUGAAGUAAAUGAACUUGGAAUCCUUGGUGAUAUUCUUGCUUCACCUGAUUUUCCUGGUAAUAAGACUUCUAUUUUGGUGAUUCAACACCAAAAACAAUGGACAUUUAAAGGCUAUAAAUAGAAUGAUUACUGAUAAAUUGUUUGUAAUCUCUUAGAUAAUUGUAUAGGAGUAUAGUACAAAGUUUUGUCGUAUAUCAAAAUGAGCUAACCAUAUAAAUCAAUCACAAUUCUCAAAUUCUCAU